AUGACGACUCCGAACAACAACGCGUCUCCGCCGGAGUAUUACAGUGGUCUAGAGGUCGACAGCCGACCGGGCCGAUCGCCAGGAGGAUGGGGCGAUCAAGACUUGAGCAAGUUCCGCGUCUCGGACCAGAAUAACUUGCCUGAAGUCCACAAUCAAGACGGCGAUCUUCCACAAGCCGUGCACCCGUACGGCCAUGAUUACUCAAUGCUUCAGGCCGUUCAUCCGGUAGAGGGCGGUGUCUCCCCAGUCGAAUAUCAGAACGGUUCAUACGAUUCAAGCGGUUACUACGCUCCAAAAGAAGACAACCCGCCAGAAGUCGUAACAGCAGAGAUCGACGAGAAGCAGCAGAAGAAGAGAGCAGGCACAUUAUGCGGCAUGCGACGCAAGACAUUCUGGAUUGUUCUAGCCGUGGCGCUCAUUAUUGUUAUUGGCGCUGCGGUAGGAGGAGGCGUCGGUGGCGCAUUGUCGGCAAGCAACAGCUCACAACAAUCGAGCAGCAGCUCGGGAGGAUCAAGCGAUAGCGGAAGUGGCAGCAGUGGUACCGGCUCGGGCAGCGGGAGCGGAAGCGGCGACAGCAGUGGUGAUAGCAGCGGCGAUUCCAACAACACGACGUCGACGAAUGAGCUGGACAUCUUGCCCACCACCAGCAUCGGCGCGCUCAACUUCACAGACUACUAUGGCUAUGUGAAUCACCUCGUUUUUUACCAGCUGCGGUCCAAGAACCUCAUGAUGUCGUCCUACAAUUCUUCCACAAAAGUGUGGAGCUCAACAAUUAGCAACAGGGAGAGCACGAUCAAGGAGGGCACUCCCAUCUCCAACAGCUUAUUCUGGCAUAGCGAUAAGGUCCGCGAUGUCCGUAUCUACUACCUCAACGAUGCGAACCAGGUCGCAGGCAUAAUCAACGCGAACCCCGUUUACGGCUCGACUUGGGAUAAAUCCGGCGUCUCAAACACCUUUACCGCAAAUGCGAAGUCAAACCUGCUGUCCAACGGCAUUUACACACCUGACUCAUACCUAUCGAACCUUGUUUUAUACCAGGACACCGGGAAUACCAUCCGCGUUCUUCGCCGAACAGGCAAUGGAGCGACCGAUUGGGCCGCCGUGGGGAUUUCGACCGACUUUGGAAAGCCUGCAGAGGGCACCGGGAUGUCUUUGAUUCCCAUCUAUACCAACGCGACCACGAAGAGAAUGGCCAUGUUUUAUACCUCUGAGACGGGCUCACUCAUUUACCUCACCCUCGUCAACGAAAACGACUGGACCAACAGCACCUUACCAACGACGCUCGAAACAAACGCCACUAUCGCGGCCUUUUCCAGCGGGUACGAAAGCAACAACAACCUAGUCAUGCACGUACUAGCAUCACAGACAGACAAAGCGCCUGUGUUAACAACUUACGCCGAAGGGGAAUGGACAAACGUUGGUGAAGUUUCCACCAUGUCCGGCGAGGAUAGGCCUUUCAAAAUUGCUGCCAAUUCAGCUGGGAGAGUCUAUGGUCUCGUCCAGCGAAACGCUACCAAGGUUGAGAUUGUCGAGUGGGAGUGGAUUGGUGGUACAACAUAUAAUAAGAUUGGUGUGAUAGAUACCGUCUCAUGA